GAAGAGACUAAGGCUUCUCUCCAUACAGUGGAAGGAAAAUUCACGUCUUGUGUCCAGGAUUUAACAAGUUCAAAUUCGUAAGUGGAAAGCUAUAACAUCGGGCGAUUGUACUUUAUUGUUUGAACAAGGUUGUGCUUUUUCCACCCCUCUAAUAUAGAAAAUAUUCAUGCUUUUUAAAAAAAAAAGACACGGCUGCUACAGUAGAAAUGUCGGUUGAGAAGGACAUGGCUUUUAAGUUGUUACAAUACAGGUCAUUGUUAUAAGAUAUUCCGAUAGACCCAUGGUGUGAGUUGUAACAAUCUUGGGUUUUUUUUAAUGUUUUUGAAUAUAUUUUCCUUCACUUAUUAUGAUAGACUCGUGUUGAUAACUAUUGGGAUACGCCAGUGGGGUGUUGGUUUUUUUGGAGCUAUUGUUGGUUAAGAUAAUCUAUUUAGAAGAUUUUGAACUGUUGUUGUUAAAGAUAAUCUAGUUAGAAGAAUAGAGCUAUUGCUGGUUAAGAUAAUCUAUUUAGAAAAUAUUGAGCUAUUGUUGGUUAAGAUAAUCUAUUAGAAGAUAUUGAGAUAUUGUUGGUUAAGAUAAUCUAUUUAGAAGAUAUUGAGCUAUUGUUGGUUAAGAUAAUCUAUUUAGAAGAUAUUGAGCAAUUGUCAUUUAAGAUAAUAUAUUCAAAAGCUAAUAUGACAUAUUUAUUUUUUUAAAAUUAAAUUUCAACCCUUGUUUUAUUGUAUUUUUAAAGUUUUUAUUUCUUUAACUUUCAAUCUUAUUAAGAAAUUUAGAGAUCGUUCAAAUUCUUUAUCAUUAAAUAUGUCAUAAGUAUUCUGCUUUGAAAUCUUCAAAAUGAACCUUUUUUCAACAACAAAAAAUCAUGUUUUUAGUUUCUUCAGUUUUUUUUUUAAAAUGCUGCCUCACCUGGUCUAAUGCUUACAACAGCUCUCAUUACAUGAAGGGUUUUAAUUGUGAAGAUGCACAGCAAUUCGUGAAUGUACGUUGGUGUCACUCAGAACAUGAGGCUUGAAGGGUUUACUUCUUGUUUCAGAAAUAUGGUAUUCUCGUUUACAAGUCGGGUGCAAGUUGACCGUAUGGGACUGUCCAGGGGCGCAUCCUGCCUCCUUCUCCUCUGGUUGAUGACAAUAUCUCACCAGCAAGGUAAUUCAGGUGGUUUAUCGUCAUCAUUGUCUCACCGAAAGCGUAAUUAAAAAAAAAUAUAUCUCACCCUCAUUUACUCACCCUCAUUUACUCACCCUCAUUUACUCACCAUCAUUUUACUCACCAUCAUUUACUCACCAUCGUUUACUCAUCAUCGUUUACUCACCAUCGUUUACUCACCCUCAUUUACUCACCCUCAUUUACUCACCAUCAUUUUACUCACCAUCAUUUACUCACCAUCAUUUUACUCACCAUCAUUUACUCACCAUCAUUUACUCACCAUCAUUUACUCACCAUCAUUUACUCACCCUCAUUUACUCACCCUCAUUUACUCACCAUCAUUUACUCACAAUCAUUUUACUCACCAUCAUUUACUCACCAUCGUUUACUCACCAUCAUUUACUCACCAUCGUUUACUCACCAUCAUUUACUCACCAUCAUUUUACUCACCAUCAUUUACUCACCCUCAUUUACUCACCAUCAUUUACUCACAAUCAUUUUACUCACCAUCAUUUACUCACCAUCGUUUACUCACCAUCAUUUACUCACCAUCGUUUACUCACCAUCAUUUACUCACCAUCAUUUACUCACCAUCGUUUACUCACCAUCAUUUACUCACCCUCAUUUACUCACCAUCAUUUACUCACAAUCAUUUUACUCACCAUCGUUUACUCACCAUCGUUUACUCACCAUCAUUGUGAGGAUUUUAUCAGUCUCCAUCUUAAAAAAACGCUCGAUUCACGACGUCAGACUUGGUGGAUUUGGUAUAGUGGGGUUCGUUGACCUUAAUAAUCCUUUAUGGUUUUUAAAAUUCUUUUAGUGGUGCGAAUUGGUGAAGAGACAGAAUUUAAGUAUUAUAAAUAGGAAAUAAAGAUACCAGUAAAAUAUAUAUUUAAAAGACAAAAGUCUGGCUUGUUUUGUCUUUUUUUUCCCCGUUAUGUCCUUUUACAUUAACUUCGCUUUUGGUCGUGUAUUUCCUCGGACGGCUCAUUGGCCCCACUUCCAGUCAAUCUAUCGAGCUGAAAAUUGGCACAUAUACUCUUUUCCCAUGACAGCAUAUCCUCACAACUUAUCAGCCCCCACCCCAAACAAAAAGUUAGUUUUUGAAGGGGAAGAUGAAGGAAUUAUGAUGACUUUGAUUUCACGAAAUAAAAUUCCCGCUAACUGCGCCAAAUGAGAUUCUUUCAAAUAUCGAAAGUGCGUUUAUUUUAUUGUGUUUAGUUUCUGAAAUGUUUGAUGAAAUAAAUCUUGUAUUUAAAGGCGGCGGGACGGAAAAGGGGGGGGGGGGUCACUAGAAUAUUAAUAUAGGUCAUUGGCAUCGGACAAUUUGCGGUUGCGAUCCUUAUGAAGAGGAGCUCUAACUGAGAUUCAUACGCGUCAUUUCAAUGCGUGGUUUGUGAAAUGUUCAACUCAAGAUCACAUUUUAUGAAGGAUUUAGACGGAAAAUUGUGUUUUUGCGGGUUGUUUGAUUAUUAUUUGUUUACAUUGACGACAUUAACGACACUGAUAUCGUCGACGACAUUGAUGACUAUAAAUACAUUGAUGACAGUAACGACAUUGAUGACAAUAAGACAUUGAUGGCAUUAACGACACUGAUGACGAUAAUGACAUUGAUGACAAUAACGACAUUGAUGACAAUAACGACAUUGAAGGAAUUAAUGACAUUGAUGACAAUAACGACAUUGAUGGCAUUAACGACAUUGAUGACAGUAACGACAUUGAUGGCGUUAACGACAUUGAUGACACUGACGACAUUGAUGACCUUAACGACAAUUCUCAACACAUCAAAAAACACUUUAAAACCAAAUUCACAAUUUUUUUUAUAUUAAAUCUUCACUAUUUAAAAUAAAAGGUAGGGACAAUGUUUCUGCGGCACUGUUACGAUCACAAACGUUCAAUUACGACAUUUUAGAUAUGUUUUUUUGGAGUAUUUCAUCAGAAAUCAUAGCCACCACUCCAGGCUCGAGAUAUUUUCCUGAACUCUUAAAUACGGUCUUAAUGAACUGGAACUGCUGUGCUAUCUACUUUGGCGUUCGUUGUUACUGUUGUUUUCAGUCAAUGUUUAUUCCACUUGUCGUGUGUUUGGGUUUAUUUCGUCGUCACGGAAGCUCCUCGUAGCUAUGUGGCGUGGUCAGCAAAUGACGUAGGAAAUAGCAGGGGGUUGUUUGUUGUUGUUGUUUUUUGUUGUUUUUUCUUUGGGGGGGGGGGGCGGCGGGGUGGAUCCCUGUCAUUAAAAAAUGGACAGGAGACUAAUUGUUUCUCGGCAGUUAGACUUGUUAGGAGGUAGGUAGAGUUAGUUGGUAGUUUUGUUUUUUUCUUUAAAAAUAAUGGUAAUCACUUUUAUUGUCGUAUUGUAGAAGUUAUAUAAGUAAAAUAUAACUGUAUUUAUUGAAAGUAAAAUAAAAAGUAUUUUUAAAAGAUGAAACAUUUUAGGGAAUUGGCAAGUGAUGUGAGUUUAUUAAUAGUAAGACUUUCACGAUGAAAUAACUUUUUUUCGGACCUUUGGUAUCGCAUUAACCUUAUCUGACAUCCAGGUGGGGGUAUUGACAGGCGGGGGUAUUGACAGGCGGGAUAUUGACAAGCGGGGGUAUUGACACUCAGGCUGGGGGCGUUAAUACUCACAGUGGGGGUAUUGACACUCAGCCGGGGGGGGGGUUUGACACUCAGGCUGGGGGGCGUUAAUACUCACAGUGGGGGUAUUUACAGGUGGGGGUAUUGACACUCAGCCGGGGGGUUUUGACACUCAGGCUGGGGGGCGUUAAUACUCACAGUGGGGGUAUUGACAGGUGGGGGUAUUGACACUCAGCGGGGGGUUUUGACACUCAGGCUGGGGGGCGUUAAUACUCACAGUGGGGGUAUUGACAGGUGGGGGUAUUGACACUCAGCCGGGGGGUUUUGACACUCAGGCUGGGGGGCGUUAAUACUCACAGUGGGGGUAUUGACAGGUGGGGGUAUUGACACUCAGCGGGGGGUUUUGACACUCAGGCUGGGGGGCGUUAAUACUCACAGUGGGGGUAUUGACAGGUGGGGGUAUUGACACUCAGCCGGGGGGUUUUGACACUCAGGCUGGGGGGCGUUAAUACUCACAGUGGGGGUAUUGACAGGUGGGGGUAUUGACACUCAGCGGGGGGUUUUGACACUCAGGCUGGGGGGCGUUAAUACUCACAGUGGGGGUAUUGACAGGUGGGGGUAUUGACACUCAGCCGGGGGGUUUUGACACUCAGGCUGGGGGGCGUUAAUACUCACAGUGGGGGUAUUGACAGGUGGGGGUAUUGACACUCAGCGGGGGGUUUUGACACUCAGGCUGGGGGGCGUUAAUACUCACAGUGGGGGUAUUGACAGGUGGGGGUAUUGACACUCAGGCUGUGAGUAUUGAAAUUCAGGCAGCGGGUAUUGACACACUGGCUGGAGGGUAUUGACACUGAGGCUUGGUGUAUUAACACUCAUGGUAUUGACAUUCAUGCGGGGGUAUUGAUACUCAGGCUGGGGUUAUUGAAACUCAGGCUGGGGUUGCUGACACUCCUUGCGUGAUAUAGAUAUAUUUUAAAGGAAGUAGUGUAAACAUUAAAAACAUUAAAAAGUCAAAAAAUAGUUGGUCCUUUCACCAGCCCAGAUCCGGUCCUAUGGUUGCUGGCGCCCCGGGCAAGCUUAACUUUGGCGCCCCGGGCAAGCUUAACUUUGGCGACCCUUUUUAGUAUAUUCAUAACAAUUUUUUCAAUGAAAAAUCUAGAGGUUAGGUAUGAGUUUAUUACCUAAGUUGCUUUUUGCAAUAAACAAUUAACAGUAUUAUUGUUGCUCUCAACUUGUGUUAGGACAGAAUGAACAAUUGAUUACCGUGGGCAGUAUGAGCAAUUGGCCUACCGUGGGAAGUAUGAACAAUUUGCCUACCGUAGACAUUUGUUUUUCUAGUCUUUGGAUAAGAUAAAUAUUUUUAGUGCACCUUCUAUAGUUAUAUCCUUUACUGUAUUAUUUUAUAUAGACAAAAUGACCAAAGAAUUAUUUCUAUCUUGAGAGAUGGAUAAUCGUAAAUAUGUUUUUUUUAUAAUCUCUCAUGAUCGCAUCAAGUAAUAUGUAUUGUAAGCAUUAUUCUUAAUGCUACCCAGAGAUUUGGCAUGACAUCCAGUACCACAGUAGUGCUUAUACAUUUGGAGGGUUCUCUUGGAAGCUUCACAUCAUGCGGAAAUAAUUAUCGGGCUAUCAUGUUUAGUCAAUAGAUCACAUCUAUUUAUAUCGCUAUAUUCUUCAUGCCUUAACUUAUUCUACAAACAUUGACAUGAUACUGUGAGCUUAUCUUUGUCCGGAAGAUUGUUUAGGUCAUUAAAAAAUCCUUAAUGUCUUAUUGAAAUUUUGAAACUUUUCAAACAUUUCUGAUCAAGAAUUCAUGGCUCUGUCCAGUAUUGCAUUUAACACAUUAUUUUCAAAAAAGAAGAUGUGUGGGGUCAUCUGCAUGUGGACACAUUCAAUUCUGCUCUCCCAUCUAGUCUCAUAUAAAGAUUGUACAAUGAGGCAGUUAACAUGUUUUCAUAAAUACCAUCGUCCAGGAGGGGCAAUUAAAACAUAUAUUCGCUGGACAGUACCAAAAAAAAAAAAAAUGGAUUCGAGGGUAAAUUGUUGCAUUGUCACUAACCAUUCAGUUAAGGCUAUGCCAUAAGCGGGAUAUGUAGAAACCGUAUGGAUUUUCCGUGCCUGCGCUCCAUUAUUUUGUUCCCUUCAUUUUUGAAACCAUUGUCGUAGACCUGGGAUCUGCAGUUGCGGAAGUUUAGUUUGCUUCUUUUUUCAAAAAAAAAAACCCGUAUUCGUUCGUAUAAUUCUUGUCCUGUAGUCUCUAAAACAGCAAAGAAAAUCUUCCUUAGUGCCCACUUGCAAAGCUUUUACCUAUGUGGAAGAUCGUUGAUGGCGCCCUAAGCACAUCCUGUCCAGGGUAACCCUUCGAGGUACCGGUACCCUGAACCAGCCGUGCACCAGCCAGAUGACUCAAAUUCUUAUUAUGUUUAUCAAAUUGUUACAGACGUGACGUGUCGAUUCACUGCAGACCUCGUAUUUCUCAUUGACGGUAGCAACAGUUGGGGCCAGCGUAAUUUUGAUAGGAUCAUUGCCGGUGUUGCUGGUGGUGAGUUUGUUUUUUUCAAUGGCGUUCGUUGAGAACUUCUCUUCAUCGUUGUCUUUCUAUAUAUAUGUCUGUCUAAUAUCUAUCUAUCUAUCAAAAUAUAUAUAUCUAUCUAUCUCUUUCUCUCGACCUAAACAUACCUUAAACACAUGUGUCAGCUAUAUAUCUAUUUUAAGUACAUGCGAACUUUCUUUCAAAACUCCUUCCCUGGAACUAUCACAUUUGUUCAUUUCACAUCUUGCCAUCAUCAUUCAUAUCCUAUUCUCUUCCAUAGCUACAUCAUUAAAUCUUACAAAUGCUUCACAAAACAAUUCUUUUCAAAUUCAAUAUUGGGAUUUUCUUAAAGUUAAAAAAUACACUAUAUCCUUUGUUUUCGUUGAUACUUCUUACAUGAUAAAUGAUGAUUUUUAUUACUUACUUACGCCAUUUUAACCUACCUGAGGCAUAGACCUUCUACGGGAGUUCUCCAUUCAUCUCGGCCCUGUGCUAUGCUUCACAAUUGUUAUCCGAUGUAUCUCAUAUUUUGUCUGACUGCCUCAUGUCUCGAUAUACCCCAUACUUAAUGUGUCUGUCUCUAUCUCAUGUCUCCAUGUACCCUAUACUUUGUGUGUCCCUCUGUGUAUCCUAUACCUUGUGUGUCUGUCUCUAUCUCAUGUCUCCAUGUAUCACAUACUUUGUGUGUGUCUCUAUCUCAUGUCUCCAUGUAUCACAUACUUUGUGUGUGUCUCUAUCUCAUGUCUCCAUGUAUCACAUACUUUGUGUGUGUCUCUAUCUCAUGUCUCCAUGUAUCACAUACUUUGUGUGUGUCUCUAUCUCAUGUCUCCAUGUAUCACAUACUUUGUGUGUGUCUCUAUCUCAUGUCUCCAUGUAUCACAUACUUUGUGUGUGUCUCUAUCUUAUGUCUCCAUGUAUCACAUACUUUGUGUGUGUCUCUAUCUCAUGUCUCCAUGUAUCACAUACUUUGUGUGUGUCUCUAUCUCAUGUCUCCAUGUAUCCUUUAUUUUGUAUCUGUGUCUAUCUCAUGUCUCCAAUAUUGUGUGUGUCUGUCUCUAUCUCAUGUCUCCAUGUAUCCGAUACUUUGUGUGUCUGUCUCUAGCUCACAUCUCCAAGUAUACUAUACUGUGUGUGUCUGUCUCUAGCUCACAUCUCCAUGUAUCCUAUACUUUGUGUGUCUGUCUCUAUCUCAUGUCUCCAUGUAUCAUUUACUUUGUGUGUCUGUCUCUAUCUCAUGUCUCCAUGUAUCCCAUACUUUGUGUGUCUGUCUCUAGCUGACAUCUCCAUGUAUCCUUUACUUUGUGUGUCUGUCUCUAUCUCAUGUUUCCAUGUAUCCCAUACUUUGUGUGUCUGUCUCUAUCUCAUGUCUCUAUGUAUCCCAUACUUUGUGUGUCCCUCUAUCUCACGUCAGCGUGUAUCCUAAGCUUUGCGUUUCUGAAACUAGCUCGCGUCUCAAUAUAUCCAAUACUUUGUAUGUCUGCCCUUAUCUUAGUCCCAAUGUAUCCAAUACUUUGCGUGUCUGCCUGUAUCGUAGUCCCAAUGUAUCCAAUACUUUGUUUGUCUGCCUCUUACUCAAGUCCCCACGUAAGGUAUAAUGUGUGGGUCUUCCUCUAGCACGCGUCUUAAUGUAUCCUAUACUUAGUGUGUCUGCCUAAAUCUCAAGUCCCAAUGUGUCCUAUACUUUGUGCGUCUGCCUUUACCCCACGUCUCCAUGUAUUCUUUUGCAUUCCUCGCUUCCUUUUCCCCUGUGGAUUCCAUGUUAGGGAUUGUUUUGAGAUGUCGUCUUUGUUUGUUUUUUCUUUUCUGUGCCCUAUCCACCUCAUUUUUCUCCCUGUGAUGCCUUCAGAAAUGGGCUCCUGGUAAGUCUACUCUAGUUAGUCUAUUUAUUGCUCUAUCAAAAUUGUGUUUAGGACCAAUUUUCCAACCACAUCGUUCAUAAUUUGUCUCAAUGCGUUGGCUUUUCUUUCUAAAUAAAAUAGUAUUAAUGCAUGACGGUCGCCUAUUUUGAAAUGAUAUGCCCAACUUUUAACGUCAGGUGUAAAAACUAUUUUUUCCCUCUCAAAAUACUUUAAGCUGUAGAUUCGUUGACGUUUGGCCCCAAUGACGUCAGAGUUGGAGCCGUGCUGUUCAGUUCCAAUGUGGAAGACGUUCUGGACUUACAGACAAACGCCACGGACUUUCAACAAGGUUUGAAUGCGUAAUAUGGUUAAGUAAAGCGAGCAAGAAGGUACACAAUUUCUGAUAAACAGCGACUAAACAUCGUAUCAAACUGCUGUUUAACUUUGUUUUUGUUUCUUAAAAAUUAGAAAAAAAAAUCUAUUUAAAAAAUGCUUUCAAAGUGAUACUUAUUUUUAUGCCUAAGCAUAAUACUAAAAAAAACUUUGUUUACAAGAAUGUUUCUGUACCAAUGAUUAGGGCUAAUGUCUUUUGACUAUCCGGAUGAGACGACUUACACCAACCUUGCAAUUGAAAAGGGGAUUGAACUUCUGUUCAGAAAUCCUAGAGAGAAUGUGGCAAAGAUCUUGGUGAUUGUGACCGAUGGGGCAUCGAUGAGCCCGUAAGUAAACUAAAAGCAAUUUAAAGACUCAUAUAGUGUAUGCUUGAUUUUGAUACGAUGUUGACACAGUCAGUAAGCGGAAGGCUGUUGAUAGGGUCUUGGAAUGCUCGAUGCGAAGCCAUCCACCUUGGGAAGUGACGGAUCUCCGGGAAGGGACGUCGUGAAUCAUGAAUGAGCAAUGUAACUACUACGUGGUGUGUGUUGGGUUGAAUGAAACUGUCUCCCGGCGGGUUUUUUUCUUGGGAUGUGAUGGCGUUGAUGGUGAUGGGUGAUGUGAUGGUGGCGAUGUGAUGGUGACAUUGCUGGGGUUGAUGGUGGCGUUAAUGGUGAGAUGAGCUGGGGUGAUGGGGGUGAUGGUGACGGGGUGACGGGGUGAUGGCGAAGGUGGUGAUGUAAAGUGAUGGCGGUGAUGGUAAGGGUAAUGGGGUGAUGGUGAUGGGGUGAUGGUGAUUGGGAUGAUGUGAUAGCAGAGAUGGUGAUGGUGAUGGUAAUAGUUGUGAUGUGAUGGGGUAGACCUGAUGGGGGCGAUGGUGCAAGAGAAGGGUGUGAACAUAACCUUCAUGCCAUUACAGGGACUUUUGAGUUUUGAGGUGUCAUUUAUAAAAUGAAUCAGGCGUGAAUACGAGGCAUUCUUUGCUCAUUUACACUUACUGGCAUCAUUUUCUUACAUAGAUUUGAUUCAUUCCAUCACACAAACAAUCAAGUUAUGUUAACAUUCCACAGUGAGCAGACGGCGUACCAAGCCGCAGUGGCAAGAAGCAGAGGCAUAGAGAUCUUGGGUGUGGGUAUAGGGCUGGACAACACUACAGAGCUUGCCAGUUUGACAACCGGGGGAAACCAGGUAAGCCGUGAUUGUUUUGGGAGUUUACGAUGCAGAAUGUUCGUACGGGUGGGACCCUAUAUGUAAAAUUCUAUAGUAAAUAAUACGGGCUUGUGAAAAUGAUAAUUUUUUUUUUAAUAAGUAUCAUAGCUCUUAUGUUUUUUAUUAAUAAGUAUCAUAGCUCUUAGGUCAAAUAAAAUAAAAUAUAAGUGAUGACAUUUUCGAGCAAAUGAAAAAAGAAAGGGGGUUUUCCUAAACUUAUAACCCAUUCGUAAAUAAUAGGAAUUUUUUAUUGCGAUAUCGUUAGUGUUUAAUUAUAGAUCAUUAGAUUAGGAACGUUAUCCCUAGAGAUCAUUUACUUUUAUAAUUCAUCAUUGUUUCUCUAUGAUUGUCGCAGAUAAUUGAGGUUGACAUUUUAACUGAAUUCGCCGAACAACUUCGAAUAUUUACCAAUCUUGCAAGUGAGUAAAAUAUUCAUUUUAAAAUUUAUUUUGGAACGAAGAUUUAUUUUUUGGUGAUACGAAUAUUUUGUUGUUUUUUUUGUGUUUUGGUGUUUUUUUUUGUUUUUUUUUUCUUUUUUUUUGUUUUUUUUGUUUUUUUUUUUUUUGUUGUUUGUUUUUGUUGUUUUGUGAAAAGGGGGGGGGGGGAUAUUAGAGCAUUCACUUUUUAUUAUUAAUUAAAAAUGUCUUAGCCACCUCGAAUUCCAUAAUAUGUUACCUGUGAAGAAGUAGACCAGAAAAAAAAACUAUGAAGGUAUUCAUUAAUUUCUACAAGGCGUCACAUUUGACUCAGAACAACCGUGGUCACAGGGAAUAAAAUAAAAUACGACCUUUAAAAUUAACUGCUCAAAUUUAAUCUUUAAAAGACCUUUUUUUUCUCGUUGUUCACAGCAAAUUGUAAACAUUAAAAUUUAAAACUACUCUAGAGAAGAAAAUGAAUGUCAUAUUACAGUUAGGGGGAUCAUUCAAUUAAAAUGGUGCAAAUCAAAAAUUUCAAAUUACAUUUCACCCCCACUUACCCUUCCUUCUUAAGAGAUGAAAAGAUCAUCCCAUGUUAUCAAGCGGCUCAUCUUAAGAGAAAGACAUAAGAGCAUAUUUUACGAGAGUGCUAAAGGCAUAUGAAUAGCUUAACUCCCAAUUGUUUAAUUUUUUUUUUUUUUACAUUUCCAUACUCUGUACCACGUGCAUUAAUAUAGAUACUUAGAUGUCACCAAAAUACCAACUUACAUUUUAUGCAUUCCUCUCAUAAGUUCAGACGGUCAUCCGUUCUUAACAAUGUCCUUGUUUGGACCAGCGGGCCUUAAAAUUGAAUAUAUAAGCAGUGAGCUCUACGGGGGAUUAAAUUUUAACAAGCAGUAAAUUCUAAAGCGCUUUCAUUUUCAAAAGACUCUCCUGUUUACAAAGAUAAAUUUAAAAAAAAAAAAAUUCAAUUCAUUGGUACACUUGCCUCAGAUUUUGCAAUGAAUUUUUUUCUCUACUUUAAAAACAGCCCUAUCUUGAAGUUGAUUUUAAUAUAGCUAAUCACUGACUUACUUUUUUUUUACUUCCAUAAUUUGUAUCAAUGAAGUACUGUCUUCAAGCUGUGUGAAGGAAAUAGUGAAACAAGGUAUGUGGAAGUUUGAAAUAUAAACACAGGACAAUAAAAAGAGAACGUUUCGGCUAAGAGCCUUCGUCGGCAGACAGGACAAAUAAAGAAACAACAAGCAAUUGAAAAUACUUUUAAAAACUUAAGUAUUUGGAGUAGGCCUUUA